CGGAAAUCUUCGACAAUGGAGGAAAUUACCAACGGAGAACUGAAAUAUCGGAGGAAAUUACAAACAAAACGAACAACAAUGACGGCGCCCACCUGCAGCACCCGACAAAAACUUUUGUCUUUGAUCGAAGAUAUUGAAAUAAUAUCGAAAGAACUGUUUGAAACGAUGAGCUCGACGAAAGGUCAGCCAAGAUCAGACACCUCAGAUACAGUGUCACUGAUGGAACUGCUCGUAGAGAAAGACAAUGAAAUCAAACAGACUCUAAAACUUGCAGAAGAACAGGCAGGUAUCCAGCAGGUUAUAGAUGGACUGAAACAGGAUGUAGACAGAAGAGACAUCGAAAUCAAAAACCUACAGCGCAAUUUGAAAGAGGCAGAAACAAUCCUGGCCACUGCCAUAUAUCAGGCUAGACAAAAGCUUCAAAGUAUUUCACAGGCAAAUAAGAAGACAAUUUCAUCGGAAGAACUCAUUAAGUUUGCUCACAGAAUUAGUUCAAGCAAUGCCGUGGCAGCUCCUGUUACCUGGGCGCCAGGUGACCCGCGAAGACCAUACCCGACUGAUCUGGAGAUGCGACAUGGAUUUUUAGCACAACAGGGAUCCUACACAGACAGUGCUAGUUCCACACCACGACAAACACAGGUUCAUUCCAUUCAGUCAGACCAUAACACAGCCGGCUCUGUUCAAAGUUCUAGUUCAUUGUCAUGGCAACCGUCUCAAACCCAGGAAAUCCCAGUUCCCUUGUUAUCAAGCACUCCUCAGCAUACAGUGACGGAAAUGAAAGGACAUAAUAAGGAAAAUGAGGAAGUUGAACUCAUGUCCAGUGACUCCUCCGACAGUAGUUCUAGUGUUGAUUAAAACAAAUGCCUCUCA